AGAAGACUUCCUCAAUGUGUUGUGGAGUUACUUUUCUAGGUUUGUUUCAUUCUUCUGAUUGUUCUGCUGUCAAACCAGCGUUCUAACUCCAGACGUGUGAAACUCUGUCUGUGUCUCCAGAGAUCUCUGCUCCAUCCUGACUGCUGGUGAGGAAAAGAGGUGUGUCCUGAUCCUUGUUGCUGCUUUCUCUCUCAGACCGAACAUGUCUACUGUGGAUGAAGAGGAGGACAGAUCAGAGUCUGAGGACAGAGAUCAGCAGCUCAGACACUCAGCAGAGUCUUCAGGAUCCAGCAGGUUGUCUCUGAAGAGUGACCGGUCUAAAAAUCUUCCUCCAGUCUUCAGUGUUGAACCUGGACCUUCAGACUCAAAUGUAAAGAAGGAAAAAAAGAGGUCCGGUCCGCGUCGGUCCAGACCCUCUGUCGCAGGUGUUGGUCUGCAGCAGCUUCUAGAAGAACAUAAGAAGAGUCUGAGGAGGCGAUGUGAACGUGUGACUGAAGGAAGUGAUGAAGCAGGAGGAGGAAGCCUCCUCAACAGGAUCUACACUGAGCUCCACAUCACAGAGGGACUCAGUGAGGAGCUUCAGAGGGAACCUGAGCUGAAGCAGCUGGAGACAGCUUCCAGGAAGGAGAGCCUCCAUCACACUGCCAUCAGGGUUCAGGACAUCUUCAAAGCCUCGGCCCAGCAGCUCAGACACAUCCGAGUGGUUCUGACCAGCGGCGUGGCCGGCAGUGGAAAAACCUUCUCGGUGCUCAAGUUCAGUCUGGACUGGGCCGAGGGCCUGGAGAACCAGGAUGUCAGUGUGCUGGUGGUGCUCUCCUUCAGGGAGCUGAACCUGCUGGGAGAGCGGCCGUACAGUCUCCUCUCGCUGCUGGCUGUUUUCCAUCCCACGCUCCAGAAGCUGACGGCAGAGGAGCUGGCUGUCUGCAAGCUGCUCUUCAUCUUGGACGGCCUGGAUGAAAGCAGACUUUCUCUGGACUUCAGCAGCAGCCGGCGGCUGCUUGACGUCUCCCAGCAGUCUUCAGUCAGCCUGCUGCUCACUAACCUCAUCCGGGGGGAUUUGCUGCCCUCGGCUCGGGUCUGGAUCACUUCCCGACCGGCGGCGGCCCAUCAGAUCCCUCCAACAUGUGUGGACAGACUGACAGAAGUGCGAGGCUUCACUGACGCCCAGAAGGAGGAGUACUUCAGGAGGUGGCUGAGUGAUGAGGAGCUGAGCAGCAGAAUCAUCUCCCACAUCCAGACAUCCAGGAGCCUCCACAUCAUGUGUGGAAUCCCAGUCUUCUGCUGGAUCACUGCUACAGUUCUGGAGCACAUGUUGAGCAGCGAGCAGAGAGGAGAGCUGCCCCAGACCCUGACUGACAUGUACUCCCACUUUGUGCUGGUUCAGACACACAGGAAGAAGCUCAAGUACCACGAAGGACCUGAGACGGGUCCACGGGAGCUGACGGAGGCUGACAGGGAGCUAAUUCUGAAGCUGGGCAGGAUGGCCUUGGAACAUCUGGAGAAAGGAAACAUGGUGUUCUACCAAGAAGACCUGGAGCAGUGUGGUCUGGAUGUGACUGAGGCCUCACUGUUCUCUGGAAUCUGGACUCAGAUCUUCAAAAGAGAGUCUGUGAUCUUCCAGAAAGUCGUUUACAGCUUCGUCCAUCUGAGUGUUCAGGAGUUUCUGGCUGCAGUCUUCAUGUUCCACUGUUUCACCAACAGGAAGACAGAUGUACUGGGGACCUUCAUCGGAGAGGAGGAUGAGGAUUUUUCUCUGGACAAAUUCUUGAAGAAAGUCCUUCAGAAGUCCCUCAGAAGUCAGAACGGCCACCUGGACCUGUUUGUCCGCUUCCUUCAUGGCCUCUCUCUGGAAUCCAACCAGAGACUCUUAGAAGGUCUGCUGGGUCAGACAGAGAUCAGUCCAGAAACCAUCCAGAGAGUCAUCCAGAACCUGAAGUGGAUCAACAGUGAUAAAAUGUCUCCAGACAGAAGCAUCAACCUCUUCCACUGUCUGAUGGAGAUGAAGGACCUCUCAGUACAUCAGGAGAUCCAAGAGUUCCUGAAGUCAGAGAACAGAUCAGAGAAGGAACUCUCUGAGAUCCACUGCUCAGCUCUGGCCUACAUGUUGCAGAUGUCAGACCAAGUCCUGGAGGAGUUGGACCUGAACAAGUACAACACAUCAAGGGAGGGACGAGGGAGACUGAUCCCAGCUGUGAGGAACUCCAGGACGUUUCGAGUUUGUGGUAUCUACUACCUCUCUGAUUCUGAGUGUGAAGUGCUCUCCUCAGCUCUGAAGUCUGACCCCUCCCAUCUGAAACAUCUGGACCUGAGUUUCAUCAGACGGAAUGAUUCAUCAAUGAAGAUUCUGUGUUCUGGACUGGAGAGUCCAAACUGUCAACUGGAGACUCUGAGGCUGGAGUUCUGCAGGAUGUCAGAGAUCAGCUGUUCUUCUGUGGCCUCAGCUCUGAAGUCCAACCCCUCCCUCCUGAAACAUCUGGAACAUCUGGACCUAAGUCGGAACCCUGAUCUGCAGGAUUCAGGAGUUGAGCAGCUGUGUGGUUUUCUGGAGAGUCCACUCUGUCAUCUGCAGACUCUGAGGUUGAGGGGCUGCGGUUUGUCAAAGAUCAGCUGUUCUUCUCUGGCCUCAGCUCUGAAGUCCAACCCCUCCCACUUGAAGGAGCUCGACCUGUGUUGGAACCAGCUGCAGGCUCCAGAUGUGCGGCAGCUGGUUGAUCUCCAGCAGAGUCCAGACUGCAGCCUGCAGACUCUGAGGUGGAAGAACAACUGAGAGCAGAGCUUCAUCCAGCAGUGAGUGACAGAGGAACCAGCAGAAGAUGUGUAGUGUGAAGAGCUGUGAGAGUCCAGCAUCGAACCAGGGUUCCUCUGGAUGUGACUCACUGGUUACCAGGAGAGUUCCAUGUUAAAACGGUUGCAGAUCUGUUCCAGACAAAGACAGAUGGUGUUUGACUCCAUGAAUCAGUUUA